UAUUGGGUAUUGGGAAUUGGGAAUUGGGAAUUGGAAUGGAAAAGAAGAAACAGAGGAGUCGGGGUUGCAGAGGGGCAGAGUUAGGGUUAGCCACCGUACACAUAUUGGACCUUCCAAUUCACUUGCUCUCUGAGAUCAUCGCAAGGCUGCCAGCCUCCUCCGUCAUCCGCUGCGCCUCCGUCUGCACCUCCUUCAGAGCCCUCGUCUCCGAUCCCAGCUUCCGUUCCCUUUAUGUCUCCCGUGCACCCACCUCCUUUCUCCUCCUCUCGCAUAACAGGCGCCUCCUCUGCCUCCACUCGUGGGGCAGCGCCUCCUUCCUCAUCCCUCACUCCUCCUCCUCCCUCGCCUCCUUACAACCUGCACCCGAUACAAAUCGCAAUCGCAAUCGCAAUCGCGAUCGUAACGUUAGCUGUCCAAGGUCAAAGUCAAGGUCAAAGUCAACGACAAGUUCAAUCUUCAGUGCAGUGGAUUUGAAGAAAGACGUGGAUUUAGUUUUAGUGAACUCGAGCGAGGGGCUGGUGUGCUUGCGUGGCAGUGGGUGUGUUUAUUAUGUGUGCAAUCCUCUGUUGGGGGAGAUUCUGGAGCUUCCUCCUCCUCCGACAACCACAAUCUCAUCUAUUGGUUUCUCUUCAUUUGGUUACGAUCCCCACAGCAACCGCUACAAAAUCCUUCAAUUUGCCGCCCAUAGCCACCAUAACCAAUUUGUGGCCGAAUUAUACAGCGUGGGGGACAAGGCCUGGACAACAAUUCGGACUGCUUUUGCCCUUCCGACUCCGAGGCCCAACGCCUCCUUUCACCACUCACUCAACGGUGCUCUUCAUUGGCUCGCUCAACCCACCACCACCCACCUUUGUCAGUUGAUAUGCUCCUUUGACCUCCACACCAAUGAGUUCAAAUGGGUGCCGCCCCCCUCCUACUUCGAUGCCCACUAUAUCCACAGCCUCUCUGGCAUCACUCUCGGGGUUCUCAAAGGUUGCCUCUGCCUCUGCUUUGUUGUCCCUGGAGCCGCCAGAUUCGAGACGUGGUUCAUGCGAGACUACGGCGUGCAGCGCUCUUGGAGCCUUUCAUUCUACAUUGAUAUCAACUCUUAUUGUGGCUUGAGGAUCCCGGACCGCCACCGACCUAUUGCCUUCGCUGAUAAUGGUGAUAUGUGGCUCAAGGAUGACUCUGCUUCUGAUUCAUACUCUCUUGUUUCAUAUUCCCCACAGACUGGUUCCUUCAAAAUCAUUCAUACUCCCCAUGUUUCUUCCAGAAUGCAAGCAAUGCCCCAUGUCUUGAGCUUUGUUUCCCUCAACGACAUUGUUAAUCUCAGUGGCACACAUCUCUUGUUAUACACAUCAACAAUCAAGAGCUACUGAUUUCUGCCUUUGCUAUAGAAUCUGAACAUCCGGCUCACUGCCAAUGGGCACUACUCUGCUACAUUGUAGAUAAUGCCAAAUAUGACGUGGAGUAUCUAAUUAUUGUAGUGUAUAGCUUAAACUUUGGAGCCGUAGACAGUUCUUCUGUGUUCUGUCAAACACUUGAUUUGGUUUUUAAGCACUAGCCCCUAUUUAUCAAUCUUCUUGUUUCCCUUCAUCAAUGGCAUCACAUUUUGUGCUCGCAACCUAGGAAAGGCAGGUGAUAGUGAUGAUAAGCAAGGAAUGCGGAAUAAAUAAAACGAUUCUUUGUGGUGUCCUGGGUUUUAA